UAUGCCAGUCAAAAGUAAAUUUCAAAAACAAAAAUAAGUAAAAAAGUAGUCACUCAGUCACCGAUCGUCAGGUGUCGAUGAGCCCACGAUUCACCAAAACUAAGUGUAUCAUCCAAAGUAAACAUGCGUAAUGUUCGUCGCCGGAAAAUACGCGUUGUUAGAAGAUUGUAAUGGAGGAUUUUGUUAAAAAGAUAUUUAAGCUCAAGUUAACUUAUUGACGGAAAUGAACAAGUUCGAGGCUCUCAAGUUUGAUGAUUCAAAUAAUGGUGACAGUACCGACGAUAAGGAGGACGAGGAAUGUGAUUCAAAAAGCGCGGAAAGAAGCGAUGAAGGGGUCAAUGGUGAUGGAAUUUCAGAGGAAGAAGAGAGACGAAGUAAAUUUCAGACUGAGCUUGAGAACAAAGUUGUGACAGUUGGUGAAGGAGAGCAUCCUCUGCAAUGCCCAUAUGCCUUUUGGUUUUCACGGAGAGCACCAGGAAAACUUCAGUCAUCCACCAAUUAUGCUGACAAUAUUAAGCUGGUUGGAAAGUUUGCAUCUGUUGAACAGUUUUGGGGAUUUUACAGUUACUUUGUGAGGCCAGGCGAUUUAUCAGGGCAUAGUGACAUUCAUCUAUUUAAGGAUGGGAUUAAACCCAUGUGGGAGGAUGAGGCAAACAAGCAUGGAGGGAAGUGGAUAGUUAGACUGAGAAAAGGACUUGCUUCAAGAUGCUGGGAGAAUCUGGAAGGAAUCACUAAAUGUUGAGGAAAAUGGACAAAGCACACAUGAAUAAUCUUGUAAUUAUAAACCUGCUCUAACAAAU